AUGGCUGCAUCAUUGGCUGAGGAUGAUCUAGCAAGUUCCAUGAGCAGCAGGCGUAAAAGUUCAUCGUCUGGAAGUAGGCGUAGUUGGGCUUCUGCGAGUAUUUGUGAGGCGUUGUCAGCUCAAGGUGAUGUUUUUCAGAGGAGUAGGAGAGAGGAUGACGAGGAAGAAUUGAAGUGGGUGGCCAUUGAAAGGCUUCCAACCUUUGAGCGGUUGAGCAAGGAGAUUCCUAAGCAAGUUUUGGAUGAUGGGAAGGUUGUCCAUGAAGAAGUUGACUUCACCAAUAUUGGUAUGCAGGAGAGGAAGCAUCACAUAGAGAGUAUACCAAAGGUUGUUGAAGAAGAUAAUGAGAAGUUCCUUCUCAGGCUCAGGGAAAGGACUGAUAGGGUUGGGGUUGAGAUUCCAAAAAUCGAAGUCCGGUUUGAGCAUUUAUCAAUAGAAGGAGACGCAUAUGUUGGAACCAGGGCACUUCCUACUCUGAUCAAUUCUACCAUGAACUUCAUAGAGGGAAUACUUGGACUGAUUAGGCUUUCCCCAUCUAAGAAAAGGGUAGUCAAGAUACUAAAAGAUGUGAGUGGGAUCGUGAAACCAUCAAGAAUGACUCUGCUUCUGGGACCUCCAGCCUCAGGAAAAACUACCCUGCUACAGGCGCUUUCUGGGAAGAUGAACAAAGAUCUAAGGAUGGAAGGAAGAAUCACAUACUGUGGUCAUGAAUCAUCAGAGUUUGUUCCUCAGAGAACAUGUGCUUACAUUGGCCAGCAUGAUCUGCACCAUGGUGAGAUGACAGUUAGGGAAACGUUGGACUUCUCAGGACGAUGUUUGGGGGUUGGAACCAGAUAUGAACUACUUGCAGAAUUGUCAAGACGAGAAAAAGAAGCUGGAAUUAAGCCAGAUCCUGAGAUAGAUGCGUUCAUGAGAGCAACAGAAACUAAUUUGGUUACAGAUUACGUGCUCAAGAUGCUGGGAUUAGAUAUCUGCGCUGACAUUAUGGUGGGAGACGAUAUGAGAAGGGGCAUUUCUGGUGGAGAAAAGAAGCGUGUUACUACUGGAGAAAUGUUGGUUAGACCAGCAAAGGCUCUUUUCAUGGAUGAAAUAUCAACUGGUCUGGACAGUUCCACCACUUUUCAGAUUGUUAAGUUUAUGAGGCAGAUGGUUCAUAUCAUGGAAGUAACCAUGAUAAUCUCUCUUCUCCAACCCGCACCUGAAACUUAUGAUCUUUUUGAUGCCAUUAUCUUACUAUGUGAGGGUCAGAUUGUGUACCAAGGUCCCCGUGAAAACAUCCUUGAGUUCUUUGAAAGCGUGGGCUUCAAAUGCCCGGAAAGAAAAGGAGUCGUGGACUUCUUGCACGAGGUGACUUCCAGAAAGGACCAAGAACAAUACUGGUUCAGAAAGAAUGAACCUUACAAAUAUAUCUCAGUGCCCGAGUUUGUGCAACACUUCAACUCUUUCCACAUUGGCCAGAAGCUUUCAGAUGACCUUGGAAUCCCUUACAACAAGAGCAGAACCCAACCUGCAGCAUUGGUGACAGAAAAGUAUGGAAUCUCCAACUGGGAACUCUUCAAGGCAUGCUUUGCCAGAGAGUGGCUAUUGAUGAAGCGCAACUCUUUUAUAUACAUAUUCAAGACAACCCAGAUUACAAUCAUGUCAGUAAUUGCCAUGACAGUGUUCUUCAGAACAGAAAUGAAGCAUGGCCAACUGCAAGAUGGAGUAAAAUUCAAUGGGGCUCUGUUUUAUGGUCUCAUAAAUGUAAUGUAUAACGGAAUGGCAGAGCUUGCAUUGACUAUUUUCAGGCUCCCAGUGUUUUUUAAGCAGAGGGACUUAUUGUUUUACCCGGCAUGGGCUUUUGCAUUACCAAUUUGGGUCCUUAGGAUCCCCUUGUCACUCAUGGAGUCAGGGAUAUGGAUCAUUCUCACGUAUUACACUAUUGGGUUUGCCCCUUCUGCUAGUAGGUUUUUCCGCCAAUUAGUGGCAUUAUUUCUCGUGCAUCAGAUGGCUUUGUCUCUCUUCCGCUUCAUUGCAACACUUGGAAGAACACAGAUUGUGGCCAACACCCUUGCUACCUUUACAUUACUACUGGUUUUUGUUCGGGGUGGAUUCAUUGUAUCCAAAGAUGAUAUUGAACCAUGGAUGAUAUGGGCAUAUUAUGCUUCUCCAAUGACGUAUGGACAAAAUGCGCUUGUCAUCAAUGAAUUUCUUGAUGACAGAUGGAGUGCGCCCAACAUCAAUCGAAGAAUUCCAGAACCCACAGUUGGGAAAGCUCUUCUCAAGGAAAGAGGCAUGUUUGUGGAUGGAUAUUGGUAUUGGAUUUGUGUUGGUGCACUCACGGGGUUUUCUCUGCUCUUCAAUAUCUGUUUCAUUGCAGCUCUGACAUAUUUGAACCCUCUGGAAGGCUCAAACUCUGUCAUUAUUGAUGAGGAUGAUGAAAAAAAGAGUGAGAAGCAGUCUAUGGUAACAGGUAUUGCUAUGGAAGUAAGGAACACUGGAGAAAACACCAAAUCAGUUGUCAAAGAUGCAAAUCAUGCGCCUACUAAAAGGGAAAUGGUGUUGCCCUUCCAGCCCUUAUCACUUGCAUUUGAGUAUGUGAAUUACUAUGUUGAUAUGCCUGCUGAAAUGAAGAGCCAAGAAAUUGAAGUGGAUCGUCUCCAACUGCUGUGGGAUGCUAGCGGUGCUUUCAGGCCAGGUAUUCUAACCGCAUUAGUUGGUGUUAGUAGUGCUGGAAAGACCACUUUGAUGGAUCUGUUAGCAGGAAGGAAAACUGGUGGGUACAUUGAAGGAAGAAUCAGCAUUUCUGGUUACCCCCAAGACCAAGCCACUUUCGCUCGUGUUAGUGGUUACUGUGCACAGAAUGAUAUACAUUCUCCACAUGUAACUGUUUAUGAAUCUCUUGUUUACUCAGCCUGGCUGCGCCUUGCUCCAGAUGUCAAGAAGGAAACAAGGCAGAUGUUUGUUGAGGAAGUAAUGGAUUUGGUUGAGCUUCACCCCCUGAGGAAUGCUUUGGUUGGCCUUCCGGGAAUAGAUGGGCUUUCAACAGAACAGAGGAAGAGGCUGACAGUUGGUGUAGAAUUGGUUGCUAACCCCUCCAUCAUCUUCAUGGAUGAGCCAACGACAGGCCUUGAUGCUAGAGCAGCUAGAAUUGUUAUGCGUACUGUUAGAAACAUAGUGGAUACAGGGCGGACUGUUGUCUGCACCAUUCACCAGCCAAGCAUAGACAUCUUUGAAGCUUUCGAUGAGCUAUUGCUGAUGAAGAGAGGAGGACAAAUCAUUUAUGCUGGACCUCUUGGUCGCAAUUCUCACAAGCUUGUAGAGUACUUUGAAGCUGUCCCGGGGGUUCCUAAAGUCAGAGAUGGUCAAAAUCCUGCUACAUGGAUGCUGGAGGUCAGCUCUGCUGCAGUUGAGGCUCAACUUGGUGUGGAUUUUGCAGAAAUUUAUGCUAAAUCUGAACUCUAUCAGAGGAAUCAGGAACUCAUCAAAGUGAUCAGCACACCAUCACCAGGAUCCAAAAACCUUUAUUUCCCCACCAAAUACUCUCAAAGCUUUAUUACCCAAUGCAAGGCUUGCUUCUGGAAACAGCACUGGUCUUAUUGGAGGAAUCCUCCCUAUAAUGCUAUCCGGCUCUUCUUGACCAUAAUUAUUGGUGUUCUAUUUGGAGCAAUUUUCAGGAACAAAGGAAAGCAGACAGACAAAGAACAAGACCUAAUAAAUCUGCUGGGAGCUAUGUUUUCAGCUGUCUUCUUCCUUGGAACCACCAACACUGCCGCAGUGCAGCCUGUUGUGGCAAUUGAGAGAACAGUCUUCUACCGUGAAAGGGCAGCUGGGAUGUAUUCAGCAUUGCCUUACGCAUUUGCCCAGGUGGCCAUAGAGGCAAUUUACGUUGCCAUGCAAACUUGUCUUUACAGUCUUCUCCUCUACUCUAUGAUGGGAUUCUACUGGCGAGUGGACAAGUUCUUAUGGUUCUACUACUACCUAUUCAUGUGCUUUAUUUACUUCACAUUGUAUGGAAUGAUGAUUGUAGCACUCACUCCCAGCCAUCAAAUUGCUGCCAUUGUUAUGUCCUUCUUCCUAAGCUUUUGGAAUCUCUUCUCUGGUUUUCUCAUCCAUAGGAUGCAAAUACCAAUAUGGUGGAGGUGGUACUACUGGGCUUCCCCUGUUGCUUGGACCAUCUACGGACUAGUGACAUCUCAGGUGGGCGACAAGGAGGAUCCGGUUCAGGUACCCGGAGCAGAUGACAUGUCAGUGAAGCAGUAUCUUAAGGAGGCUUUAGGCUUUGAAUAUGAUUUCCUGGGAGCGGUUGCCUUGGCUCAUAUUGGUUGGGUCCUCCUCUUCUUAUUUGUCUUUGCCUAUGGCAUUAAGUUCCUUGACUUCCAAAGGAGAUAA